AUGCAUUCGGUCGGGAUCCAUUCGGCGCUUGCCAUCAAGCGGCAGCGCAAGAGGCGCGACAAUCAGCGCAAGGCCCGGGAGCGACGCUACAGCAUACAGAGCUCGGAAAGCGGCGACACCCAUUCGCCGCAUGGCUCAACGCGCCGAAAGUUUCAUCCCCAGAAAGUACACAUCACAGAUAACAAUAAUUUAGAUACGAAAGUAGUCACCAGCAUCGGCAUGCUGCACAUAGGAGUCGUGUUCGUAGUUUUCGGAAUCUUUUUAUUAGGCGCUGGGUUUUUUCCAGAUAAUCUAUCAAAUCAACCGCAACAAUCGUGGCACCUACUAGGCAAAGGAUCCUGGUGGAACGAGCUAAUAUGCACGGGACUGUUUGCCGUCGGUCUGGGCAUAUUUCUAAUCAUCCUUAACUGUGUGAUAAGCAAUCGGGAGGAACAGGAUCUCGAGAGCUACGUCCAACGGCAGCUAACACGCUCUCGUUCCGGACAUCGACUGGAGCGUGACGUCGAAACUGGAGGGCUGACCACACGUCACCAUCGCAAAGCUAUGCAGAUGCAGAAGGGUGCCGCCGAGCGAGGCCUGGACGAUCUGUCCAACUCGAACGUUCUGCUGACGCCAACCAGCAGCGAAGUGGUCACCCCGACAACUCCGUCCGGAGUGCUGGGUACAUCCGGUGAGAUUCUGUUGGAGAAAAUUUUGGAAGAGGACAGUAGCUAUGGCGAUCCCGACUACUAUUCGCGGAACGUGGGUCAAUCACCCCCCGGAGCGGACAACGAUAAGCGGUUGCUGUUGGGCAACGGCCACACCGGCGCCAUCCACAUGACCGACAUCUAAGUAUCGAGCCUUCGGAUC